AUGAUAUUGCCAAAGUCAUUGUUGUUGUUGUUGUUGCUAUCAUUGCUACUUCAACAACAACACUCAUUGGUUACUGCACACUUUGACACAUCAGAUGCUGAUCAAUGCUUGAUAUGUAUGACAGCACUGAAUAGCAUAAACAUCAACAAUGACAACAACAACAACAACAAUAAGUUGGAUCGUUCUGAACUCUUGGCUCAUAUGAUGGACAUUGGUUGUCCAACAUCCUCAUUUGGUGAUGAUCUAUCAGAUCAUACUACAUGCAGAAAGUUCAUUGACAUCUAUGGCCCACUACUCCUAAGUGUCAACGUACUCAAUGCCAAUCAUAUCAGUACACUUGACACAUGCAAGUUGGUUGGCGCAUGCAAGACCGGUCUGUACCAGGGUGACUUUAACUGUCCCAUAUGCCAAUAUGUAGUGGAUCAGAUGCAACCAUUGGUCAUUGCAAAGCAACCGUCACAGGUCAUCAUACAGACGGUGGAGAAUGAUUGUACAACACUAGGAGACAGAACAUUCAUACAAACAUGCCAAUCAAUCACUGUACAGUAUGGACAACAGUUGAUUGUAGAUAUUGAACAAUCAAUGAAAGCACCCGAGUGUUGCAUUCAAGUUGGUAUGUGUAACAACUCAACAUCAUCAGGUAGCACUGGCGCCACUGGUUCAUCAACAUCAUCUGGCGGUGUAUCAAGUGCUACAUCAGGUAUCACAUCUGGUACUGGAUUCACAUCAGCUGGAACAAGUGAUGGUGAUGUAACAUCAUCGUCGUCAACUACAAUACAAGCUCAAUGA